AUGGAUGAUAGCGUACGGCUGGAGCCUGUCACCAACCGUAGCAACGAGCGGUACAUCAAUCUGAAUGGCAAGCAGGUCGAGAUCAAGAAGGCCGAGCCUCGUGACGGAUCUGGCGGCCAGAACUCCAACAACAGCACGGUGGGCGGCGCAUAUGGCAAGCUGGGCAAUGAGUGCAGCCACUGGGGACCGCACCAUGCUCCUAUCAACAUGAUGCAGGGUCAGAAUGGCCAGAUGGGUGGACCUCCACUGAAUAUGCCUAUUGGUGCGCCGAACAUGAUGCCUGGCUAUCAGGGAUGGGGCACGUCGCCGCAGCAGCAGCAGUACGGCUAUGGAAACAGCGGUCCUGGAUCAUACCAGGGCUGGGGAGCUCCACCAGGACCCCAAGGACCACCACCGCAGUGGUCGAACUACGCUGGACCGCAGCAAACGCAAGGGUAUGGCGGAUAUGACAUGUACAACUCGACGUCUACCGGAGCUCCCUCGGGACCAUCGGGCGGCGGCAGCUGGAACUCGUGGAACAUGCCACCCAACUCUGCUGGACCCACUGGGGCCCCAGGAGCAGGAGCGGGCACCGCCACUGACAUGUACUCGCGGGCUCAGACCUGGGCGGCGGGCGGUCCUUCGACCACUGGACCUGUAGGCGGCAUGCCACGGACCGGACCCGGCAACUCGGCCUCGAAAUCCGGCUCGAAGGACCAAAU